AUGCCGAGAAUGGUGAAAGAAUUGGAUGUUGAUACUUCGCCAGGUUACAGAAAAGCAGCUUAUUAUUUGCUUUCUUCAAUGAAUCAGACCGUAAAUCCAUGUGAUGAUUUUUUUGAAUAUUCUUGUGGACGUUGGAUAUCUGAGCAUCCGAUACCGAAUGAUCUUUCUACAUACGAGAUUUUUGUUUCAGUUCGUGAAAAAGUAGGAGAAAAAAUGCGAGAACUUUAUGAUUCAAAACAAUUGACGAAUUCAAAGGCAGUGAAUACGGUGAAAAUGAUAUAUCAUACUUGUAUGGACACUAACCGACUACGCAGUAUGCAAGGCGAAGAAAUUGUUAAAGCUAUUAAGAAUCUUGGUAACUGGCCAAUGGUAUAUGGAGAAAAAUGGCCUGAAGAGAAAUUCGAUUUCACGGAAAUUAUGAUCCGAAUUGCACAGACGCGAUUUUCUAGCAUUUUCAUGAGUAUCCAUGUAUCGUCUGAUCAAAAGAAUAUUUCAAGACGUUUAAUUACUAUUGAUCAAGGAAAACUGGCACUUGGUUUUGGUACUAGAGAAUACUAUUUGAAUGCCAAAAACUAUGCAUCACAAUUGAAUGCUUAUAAGGAAUAUAUUAUUGACAAAGCAAUGCUCAUUUCAUACGAUGCUAGAAUAUCGAGGAAACGAAGUGAAAUCGAUAAAGAAGCCGAUGAUAUCAUCGAAUUUGAGAAGAACCUUGCUCAGAUUAUGGUUCCAGAGGAAAAUCGAAGAAACUAUACUUUGCUAUACCAUCAAUACAAUCUUAGUGAGCUGCCCAUCUUUAUGUCGGAGAUGGAUUGGAAUAAGUACUUUCGAGCUGUGAUUCCCAAUGAUAUACACUGGUAUCUAAAUAAAGAUCCAAUUAUCAAUAUUGUCGAUGUGGAAUUCUUGAAACGACUUAAUAUAACGCCUAAACGAACGUUGGCAAAUUAUAUGAUAUGGUUUUAUACAUUGACAUGGAAUUUUCAAUUGGAUGAACGAUACGAUGACAUUUAUCAGAAGUUUCUUCGGAUUAUUAUCGGGAAAAAAAUGAAAUCAUCACGAUGGAAGAUUUGCAGUCAAAUAGCUGCGGAACGAAUGGGUUUUGCUGCAGGAGCUUUAUAUGUCAAUUCUUUCUUUAAUGAAGCUGACAAGCGAUCAGUACUCGAAAUGGUGAACCUUUUAAAAGAUGCCUUCAAAGAAAUGCUGAAAGAAUAUGAUUGGUUGCAUGAAAGUACUCGGCAGAAAGCAUUACAAAAGAUCAAUGAAAUGUUAAGUUUGAUUGGCUAUCCAGAAUUCAUCCGAAAUACCAAAAAUCUCGACGGGUAUUACAAACUACUACAUAUUUAUCCCAAUGAUACAUUUGCUCAAAUCAUCACAAAGACGUCACGUUGGUCGAUGGAACGCUCAUAUCGAAAAUUGGUGAAAACUUUUAAAAGAGCAGAACUUGGUACUUCAGCAUCCACUGUGAAUGCUUUUUAUUCAUCGUUUAAAAAUGCUAUCGUAUUUCCGGCAGCCAUUCUUCAAGCGCCAUUUUUUGAUCGAACUUUUCCGAAAGCCAUGAAUUUUGGUGCCAUUGGAUCGGUUAUUGGGCAUGAAGUGAUCCAUGGAUUUGAUGACCGAGGAAGCCAAUUUGAUUAUCAAGGCAGCUUGCGUAACUGGUGGGAUAGUGUAACAAAAGAAAAUUUCAAGGUAAAAAAAAACUGUUUCAUCAAAGAAUAUGACAAUUACAUUAUCCCCGGAUCAGAUUUACACAUCAGCGGUCUUCGUACAUUAGACGAAAAUAUCGCUGAUAAUGGUGGUAUUAAAGAAGCUUUCCGAAAACGUUUACCAGGACUCGAACAUCUCGAUAUGAAUCAAAUAUUCUUUCUAAGUAAUGCACAGAUCUGGUGUGGACAUUCACAACCAGCUGCUUUAGUUAAACGAGUGCUAACCGGUCAACAUGCGCCACUUCGAUUCCGUGUUAAUGGAGUAGUCGUUAAUCAGCCUGAUUUUGCAAAAGCUUUCAAAUGUCCAUUAAAUUCACCAAUGAAUCCAAUAUCGAAAUGUUCAUUAUGGUGA